CACUGGUAAUACAUGUCAGUGAGGGAGAUAGCUGUAUGUUCCUACCUGCGGAGUUGGACCAAACAAGUUCGUAGUAACAUGUCCAUUAUGGCGACCACCGCAUUAAGAUCAGCGCUAAAGGUCCCACUUCAAGUUGGCCGCAUGUGCUACUCCUCAGUGGGCAACUAUACAUGAUGUUACAUCCCUCCCCACAGCCAACCACCAAGCUAUUCAUUGAUGGGAAGUUUGUUGAAUCCAAAACCUCAGAAUGGCUGGAUAUACACAAUCCUGCUACCAACGAGGUGAUCACCCGAGUACCCAAAGCCACCCAGGAGGAGAUGUUGGCUGCCGUGGACUCUUGCUCCAGAGCUUAUCGCUCCUGGUCUGAGACCUCCAUCUUGGCCCGGCAGCAGGUCUUUCUGCGCUAUCAGCAGAUUAUCAAGGACAACAUUAAAGAACUUGCCAAGUCGAUCACACUGGAACAGGGCAAGACCCUUGCAGAUGCAGAGGGGGAUGUGUUCAGAGGAUUGCAGGUUGUGGAGCACGCCUGCAGCAUAACCUCUCUGAUGCUCGGUGAGACCCUGCCCUCCAUCACCAAAGACAUGGACACCUACACUUACCGCCUGCCUAUCGGGGUGUGUGCUGGCAUUGCACCCUUCAACUUCCCCGCCAUGAUCCCUCUCUGGAUGUUCCCUAUGGGCAUGGUGUCUGGCAACACCUACCUGCUGAAGCCGUCCGAGCGGGUGCCGGGCUGCGCCAUGCUGCUGGCCAAGAUGAUGCAGGAUGCCGGAGCUCCGGACGGGACACUCAACCUCAUCCACGGCCAACACGACGCUGUGAAUUUCAUCUGCGACCAUCCGGCCAUCAAGGCAAUCAGCUUUGUUGGCUCCAAUCAAGCGGGGGAGUACAUUUAUGAGAGGGGCUCUAAAAAUGGCAAGAGGGUCCAGUCCAACAUGGGAGCCAAGAACCAUGGUGUGGUGAUGCCUGACGCCAACAAGGAGAACACUCUGAACCAGCUGGUUGGUGCAGCGUUCGGGGCAGCGGGGCAGCGCUGCAUGGCUCUGUCCACGGCCAUCCUGGUGGGCGAGGCCCGCAGCUGGCUGCCGGAGCUGGUGGAGCGCUCUAAGGCUCUGCGCGUGAACGCAGGAGACCAGCCUGGGGCAGACGUGGGGCCUAUGAUCUCUCCGCAGGCCAAGGAGAGAGUCUGCAGUCUGAUCCAGAGCGGUGUGGACGAGGGAGCCCAGCUGCUCCUGGACGGCCGAAACGUCAAGGUCAAGGGUUACGAGAAUGGCAAUUUUGUGGGUCCCACCAUCCUCGGCAAUGUCACACCUCAGAUGAAGUGCUACACUGAAGAGAUCUUCGGGCCUGUGUUGGUUGUUCUCGAAGCAGAGACUCUGGACGAUGCCAUCAACAUGGUCAACAAUAACCCCUAUGGCAACGGCACAGCCAUCUUCACCACAAAUGGCGCCACUGCACGCAAAUACACUCACGAGGUGGAUGUGGGCCAGGUUGGAGUCAACGUUCCCAUCCCUGUCCCACUGCCUAUGUUCUCCUUCACUGGAUCAAGAGGAUCCUUCAGAGGCGACAUAAACUUCUAUGGCAAACAAGGCAUCCAGUUCUACACACAGAUCAAAACUGUCACCUCACAAUGGAAAGCUGAAGAUUCCACCUUGACAAGUCCUGCUGUUACCAUGCCGACCAUGGGACGCUAACUCCAUCCAUGAACCAGAAUACCUAGACAGUAGACACUCUAAUGUGUAGAAGUUUUAGUAUUAAAAAGUUAAAUAAUAA